GCCAUUAUCGCGCCCCAGCCAAUAGUCUCUGCAAUCUGCGGCGCGCGCUCGCCUCGCCUCUGCCGGGCAGCGUUCAUCACAACCACCACGCCAGCGCAGGGCCCUCCCCCAUCCAAACCAUCUCCACACUCUCUCGCCAGCUCCCCGCCGCCGUCUCCACACUCUCACCGUCUCGGCCGCGGCGGCGGGAGCAGAUGGCGACGGCGAGCGGCCUCUCCGCCCCUCUGCAGCUCCUCUCGUUCCGGCGGGCGCCCGCCAAGAACCUCUCGCCGCGGAGAGCAGCCGCGGGAGCUCUGUCAGGUUCACUUAUUGUGAAGAGAUUUUCUUUAUGCAACGGGAGAAGUCAUCACCAAUUUUUACCAUUGAAACAAAGGGGAAGGUUGCAAGCAGCAGUACUACCUGUUACUCCACCACUGCUUGAUGAUGAGGAAAAAAGGAAGCAAAUGUCUGAAGAUUAUGGUUUCAAUCAAAUUGGAGAACAGCUACCAGAUAACAUUACUCUUAAAGAUGUCAUGGAUACUCUGCCUAAAGAGGUAUUUGAAAUCGAUGAUGUAAAGGCUUGGGCAUCUGUUCUGAUAUCAGUUACUUCAUAUGCUUUCGGUCUUUUCCUUAUCUCAAAAGCUCCAUGGUAUCUUCUUCCCGUUGCUUGGGCAUGGGCUGGUACAGCAGUGACUGGGUUUUUUGUCAUAGGUCAUGAUUGUGCACAUAAAUCAUUUUCAAGGAAUAAGCUAGUGGAGGAUAUCGUUGGAACUCUAGCUUUCCUGCCAUUAAUUUACCCUUAUGAACCUUGGAGAUUUAAGCAUGACAGACAUCACGCCAAGACAAAUAUGUUAGUAGAAGAUACUGCAUGGCAACCUGUUUGGCAAAACGAAAUUGAAUCGUCUUCUUUCCUAAGGAAGGCAAUUAUAUUUGGUUAUGGUCCUAUCAGGCCAUGGAUGUCUAUUGCUCACUGGUUGAUGUGGCACUUUGAUCUAAAAAAAUUCCGGCCAAAUGAACUCCCUAGGGUGAAGAUAAGUUUGGCGUGUGUCUUUGCAUUCAUGGCAAUUGGAUGGCCCCUAAUCAUUCUUCAAUCAGGAAUAGCUGGAUGGUUCAAGUUCUGGUUCAUGCCAUGGAUGGUUUAUCACUUUUGGAUGAGCACCUUUACAAUGGUGCAUCACACUGCUCCUCAUAUACCUUUCAAAUCAUCAAAAGAGUGGAAUGCUGCACAGGCGCAAUUAAACGGCACAGUUCACUGUAGCUAUCCUCGAUGGAUAGAGAUCCUUUGCCAUGACAUAAAUGUACAUGUCCCGCACCAUAUUUCUCCGAGAAUUCCAAGUUAUAACCUUCGUGCUGCCCACGACUCCAUUAAACAGAACUGGGGCAAGUAUAUCAACGAGGCCAGCUGGAAUUGGCGGUUGAUGAAGACAAUACUGACUACGUGCCAUGUGUAUGACAAAGAGAGAUACUACGUUUCUUUUGACGAGCUCGUACCUGAGGAAUCUCAACCAAUAAGAUUCCUUAAGAAGUUCAUGCCAGAUUAUGCUUGAUGCAAUUGCUACCAUUGACUAGUCAGAGAGUAUUUAGACAUUAAGAACAAUCACAACCAUUAUUACACUACAAAAGGCUCAUCGCAGAUGGCUCAGACAUGGCUUUUAUUGUGAGUCGGCAGGGAUACUCCUUAUUGCAGAUGGCUUUUAUUGAAAGCUGCCUGGAGUUUUACCUUUUCUCUUGACCUCAGAUGCUCAAACAAGUAGAAACAACAUAUAACAGUAUAUUAUAAUGUCAUAUAUUAAACAUGCAAGAGGAAACAGCGUAUGUAUUUCACAUUCAUUCUCAUUCAAACAUCAGCAAAGUGACAGAACAAUAUUU